CGCCGGAAAAAGGGGGGAAAUGUCACCGUCCCUCUGACGCCAUUUCCUCUUCGAGUGGUGGCGGGACCCGGAUGUUGAUUCCUCCGCCGUGGUGGUUGCAGAGUUGGGGUGCUGUUGGGGUUUAAACUGCUUAGAGCUACAAUGUCGAAACGCAAGGUGACCUUUGAGGAUCAAGGUGAUGAGAAUGAAGAGGAAAUGAGUUUGCCAAAAAAAAAGCUGGUAGAGCCUGCCAUUGGGGGGCCAGGCAGCCGCUUCAAGGGGAAGCAUUCCUUGGACAGUGAUGAGGAGGAGGAGGAUGAAGAAGAUGAAGGGCAAGGAAGUAAAUAUGACAUCCUUGCUUCAGAUGAUGUGGAAGGGCAGGAAUCAGCCACUAUUGACUAUGAGGAUGGUGUACGGAUCACCCCAUUCAAUUUGCAGGAGGAGAUGGAAGAGGGUCAUUUUGAUUCAGAGGGCAACUAUUUUUUGAAGAAAGAGGCAAUGAUCCGGGAUAAUUGGUUGGAUAACAUUGACUGGGUCAAGAUAAAGGAGCAGCCUCCGGGUCGGAAGAAGCCUCCUUUAGAUUCUGUGGAUGGUGAGGAGGAGGAGGAAGAAGAUGACCUUGAAGUUGGCCAGGCACCUUUGGACAAGAAAGAACUGUUGAAAGGGAUGGUGGAUUUGGUGCUACCUGGUGAGACAGUGGCUAGAGCCAUUCAGAGGCUGGGAGACAAGGGUGGGCCAAAGGGCAGCGGGCGCCAGCGGAAGCCCUGGAGCCGCCUCAAGGCAGAGGAUGCAGAACCACCUGAGGAAGGUGAUUCCCAGAAACCUGGGUCACCCGAGCGGAAAGAACGGCUCGAGCGCCUGUCAGGCCUGGCCGAUCAGAUGGUGGCGCGGGGCGUGUACGAGAUUUACCAGGAGACCCGGGAGAAGCUGGCGCUGAGGCUGCGGGCACUGGAGCAGCCUCCUGCAGCACCGUCUACCGCUGAACCCGAGCUCGAUAUGUUUGCCGAGGAUAUUGAUGAAGCAAAACUAGUGGAGAAGGCACCGGCAGCGGUGAGUGAGGGGCAGCAGCAGGAUGAUGACAACGUUCUCUCUGAGGUGAUGUGGGAGUAUAAAUGGGAGAACACAAACACCUCCGAACUCUACGGCCCCUUCAGCAGCUCACAGAUGCAGGACUGGGUUUCCCAAGGCUAUUUCCCUGAUGGGGUGUACUGCCGGAAGGCUGAUAACUCUGAGGGCCAGUUUUACAAUUCCAAGCGCAUUGAUUUUGAUCUGUAUACGUGAUCGGAACCUGCCUCCCGCCCCAUGGAACACAACAGGUGGAACUCAGUGCAGUGGCAGACUGAAAGAACUUGCCGGACUUUAGGGGGUGGGGGCCUGGAAAGGGGUGUGUGUGUGUGUGUGUUUGCAGAGGGGGAAGAGCUUUGAUUCACCAUCAAAUUCUGAGGAUGUUUAAGUUUUUGUGAGAAAUAAAGUAUCAAACUUAAA